GAAGCCAUCAAUGAAGUCAUUUAUACCGAACGAGAUUUUGUUCGAGAUAUGGAAUAUUUGAGAGAUGUUUGGGUCGCUGGUAUCCGUAACUCAGACAUCAUUCCGGUUGAAAGGCGAGAGGCCUUUAUCUCUCAGGUCUUUUGGAACCUCUUGGCUAUUAUUGAUGUCAACACCCGGCUCCGUGAUGCCUUGACAAAACGGCAGAAACAAUACACAAUCGUAGGAGAGAUUGGGGAUAUUUUCCUCGAAAUCGUGCCUUCGUUCUCUCCAUUUGUGGACUAUGGCGCUCAUCAGAUGUACGGAAAAUACGAAUUCGAGAAAGAGAAGGCAAAUAACCCCGCCUUUGCUGCAUUUGUUGAGGACAUCGAACGUCUUCCGGAAUCACGUAAACUGGAAUUAAAUGGGUAUCUCACAAAACCAACCACUCGAUUGGCACGAUAUCCUCUGCUACUUGAAGCCGUCCUCAAGCACACCCCGGAGAGUUCCCCCGACAAACUGACCCUACAGGAGGUCAUUAAGACA